AUGAUGAAGAUCUUGCCAGUGGAGCAGGCUUUAUACCUAGAUGCGGACAUGCUGGUGCACAAGAGCCUGGAGGAGUUGUGGAACACUGACUUGGAGGGUUCCUCAAUCGGUACAGCUAUGGAUGUUGGAUUUCCCAAGGGUCAUGAUGCAAAGGUGAGAAUGCAUCUGUCUGAGCUUGAGGCUCGGGUGUGUGAGAUGAAAGAUGCCAGCUAUCACGAUCAGGACGUGCUGAAUGUGCACUUUGCUGGAGAUUGGGCUGGAGUGAACCUUAGCUGGAAUGCACAAGGACUUGGAACCUACGCAGAGAUUGGCCUGGCUGAUAGAGAUACCCUGGCACUGGGAGACAUGAAGGAUCCUGGAGUGGUACAUUUCACAGGACCAGUUCAUCCUGAUCUUGUGGUGGUGCUCAAUCUGUUCGUUCAGCCAUACACAUCCAAGCCUUGGGGUUAUGCGGGUGCACUGGGACACCCGUUCAAAGACAAAUGGUGUGCGUUGAACAAGACGGUGUGGGUAGGGUGGCAGGAAUCAACACAAUACCAUGAGAUGUGUGAGGGAGAGAAACAGAAAGUAAUUCAAGAGUCAGUCAAGAAGUUUGAGAUUCGAGUACAGUUCUAG